AUGGCUAAGUCCAGUUGUUGCAGUUGUUUAAAUUCUCUGUUCUUGAUUUGUUCGAUUCUAUUUAGUUCCUACAUGAUUUGCUGUGAAGCAGAAGGCAAUCCCGCAGUAGUGAAUGGAUUAUCAUAUUCCUUCUAUUCCGAAAGCUGUCCCAACCUUGAAACCAUUGUGACAAACCAUCUCAGAAAGGUGUUCAACCAAACUCAUUGGCAAGCUCCAGCCUUACUCGUCAUUUUCUUCCAUGAUUGUUUUGUUCAGGGAUGUGAUGGAUCUUUGCUACUGGAUGGUAAUCCAGGUGAAAGGGAUCAUCCACUGAAUAGAGGCAUAAGCUCUAAGGCUCUGCAGACCAUUGAUGAACUAAGAGAAGUUGUUCACAACCACUGUGGAAGGAUAGUUUCAUGUGCAGAUAUCACUGUCUUGGCAGCUCGUGAUGUUAUUUUUCUUUCUGGAGGUCCCUAUUUCAAUGUGCCACUUGGAAGACGAGACAGUCUAAACUUUAACAUUGAAGAAACAAACAAUCUUCCAUUACCCUACAACAUCACCGAUGUCACACUGAAAACAUUUGAAUCCAAAAACUUGGAUGUUAUAGAUGUGGUUGCCUUAUCAGGUGUACACACCAUUGGUCGUGCCCAUUGUCAUACAUUCUACAACAGGCUUUCUCCUCAAGAUCCCACCAUGGACAAAACCUUAGCUAAAAUCCUUAAUUCUACUUGCCCUACCACAUACUCACGUAACACUUUUCCUUUGGACUUCAGAACCCCCAAAACCUUCGAUAACAAAUACUACAUUAACUUGAUGAAUCACCAAGGUUUGUUCACUUCCGACCAAGACUUGUUCAAAGACAAGAGGACAAAAGGGUUGGUAGAAGCCUUUGCACUUAAUCAAACCUUCUUCUUCCACAAAUUCAUUCAUGCUUUUAUAAAGAUGAGCCAAUUGGAUGUGUUGACUCGAAAUCAAGGUGAAAUUCGUGCCAAAUGUAAUCUCAUAAAUGAUGAGAGUUCUACAGUGAAGUCUAUUGUGGAUGAGAUUGUACAAUUACCCAAUUGA